AUGAGCGGAGAUGGACCCUAUGGACCCGUUGUGAACGGGACUCAAAUUGUCUUCUUCGAAUACUUGCCCAACAAACCAGCCGCGAUAUCUUUCGUUGUUCUCUUCGGAAUUGUCACUUUAGCCCACUUGAUAUUCCUCUUCAUCCUUCGAGCCUGGUUCUUCAUCCCCUUCAUCCUCGGUGGCAUCUGCGAAAUCUUCGGUUACUUCGGUCGAGCUCAAGCACACGAUACCCCCGAUAAAGCAGGUCCUUUCAUCCUGCAGAACGUCCUCCUCCUUGCCGGAACGCCUUUCCUCGCAGCGACGAUCUACAUGAGUCUUCGGCGCGUUGCCACGGCGCUUGACUCCCAACAUCUUUCAUUUAUAAGUCUUCGAUGGUUGACAAAGCUAUAUGUCCUCAUUGACAUUGCGUGCAUUGUCAGUCAGUUUAUAGGCGCUAUCAUACCUGCCUCCGGCGAACCAGAUGCCAUCGCUAAAGGCCGAACUAUUCUCAUUGCUGGUCUGGUAGUACAGCUCGGCGCAUUGAGUGUCUUCAUACUCACAUCGCUGUACCUAUACAUACGCAUCAGACAAGAAACUGGGCCGUUCUUGGACUCAUCUCUGGUACGGUGGCGGCGAUACUUCAGAACCAUCGAGGCUGUGACGAUCAUCAUGAUCAUUCGCAGUAUUGUCCGUGCAGUCGAGUAUCUUCAAGGACAAGGGGGGUUCAUCUUUAUGGCUUUCAAUUGA